UCAUUCAGGCUCAGACUCACAGAAUGUUUAGACGCCAUUAACUAUCAAACAUCAGCCCGAUAGGAACCACGAUGGAUGUGGAAGAAGUGAUCUACACGUUGUUGGAGGUGCUCAUCGCAGUCAGCUGCUGUCUUGGUAAUGCUUUGGUUGUUUUGGCGCUGUGGACCAGUAAAAGCAUUCAGCAGCCCACCUUCAGCCUUAUUGUCUGUCUGGCCGUGGCCGACUUCAUGGUUGGCUGUGUGGCCGUACCGCUGUCCGUGGUGGUGGACGGGCGAGUGAAGACUUCAUUCCACGGCUGUCUCUUCAUCAGUUGUGUGGUCGUCCUGUUGACCCUCGUCUCAGUUUUGUGUCUCACGGCUAUCGCAGUGGACCGCUUCCUCCGGGUGCAUCUCCCUCUCAGGUACAGAAGGACUGUAACACAGAGACAUUCUCGGCUGGUGGUAGCAGCGUGUUGGCUCGUUCCAAUACCACUGAGUUUUUCUCCCAUGCUUGGAUGGUACAACCAUGAAACCUUGUCCAAGUCGACCAACUCUACGAUUGUCUGCCGGUUUAUAGCUGUGAUGCCCAUGUCAUACCUGGUUUACUUCAACUUCUUUCUCUGCACCCUCACACCUCUGUUGGUGAUGACCGUGUUGUACGGCUACAUCUUCUGCACCAUCCGAGGAACGCUUCGAGAGAAACCAGGCAACGGUCCCCAGAAAGAGUCUCAGAACUACCUGAAGAAAGAGAAACAGCUGGCAGGGUCUCUGUCUCUGGUCUUGGCUCUGUUUGCCCUGUCCUGGCUCCCUCUCCACAUUAUGAACUGCAUUGUUUACUUUGGUGGGCCGGAGGAUGUACCAGUAACAGCUUUCCAUGUCGGCAUCCUGCUUACUCAUGCUAACUCGGCUGUGAACCCAGUCGUGUAUGCGUUUAAAAUAGAAAAGAUCAAGACAGCGUACCUGAACCUCUGGAGACGGUAUAUCGCAUGUGGAGAAGAAAACCAAGAAUCUCAGACCAGCCAGACGACAGACAACAAUCUUAGUAACAGUAACAUGAACAGCGUGUAGCCAAACACGAGUAAAGGAAGAGUUCCUUGUUUGUUUCUUUGUUCUUAAGGAGCAGGUUUGAUUGACACUCAAGCAUAAUUAAACAUUUAAACAUAUUCACAUUGUGUGAAAGUUUAAGAUGGCAGUUACAGUAUGUGAAGUGUAUUGAAGCCCAAAGGCUACCUUUUUAAUUGAUGAUGUUCUGUGUUUUCAGUACAGUAAGCACAUCUUUAGCGGUUUGCACUAAACGUUCUGUCAUUUGCCAUGUUCAAGAAUGUGUGUGUGUCCUGUAUAUGUGAGCAUGAGUGUGUGACUGUUGCGAAAAACUGUCUUGCAGAGAAAAAACUUCCACUUGUCUGAAAAGCUUUAGUUUAGUUUCAUAAUACUGUUGUUGUUUUUUUGUUUCUGUUCCAGUUCCAGUUCUGUUCUUCAUAUCCUUUUCAACCGAAAGAACACUGUUGGAAAUCACCUUCACUAACAAAAGAAAAGAGCCUUCAUACUAGUCGUCUGUCCUUAACUGAUAAAUUCUUAAACAUGACACUUGAACAGAAAAAUACAAUGUUACUUUUUAAGACUUGCUGUGUUUAAUCUUUUCGUAUCAGACAGGUGUGAGCUGCAUGGCAGAAAUCUGAUUAUAAUAUUUCGUUAUUUCAAAACACCACAACACCACAAAAUGCAACCUCAAAGAUGACCAAAGAGUUGAUAGAUAAAAUAAGAUAAGAUAUGUACUUUAUUCAUCCCCAGGGGGAAAUGUUUACAUAUAUAAAAUACAAUAAAAUAAAAAUA